AUGACGAGCUAUUUCCCGCCGAGUGGUAGCGCCAGUAAUGGCGUCGGUUCGCCUGCAGCAUCCUCGCCGUCGACACCACCAACGCAGCGGUCUACCGCCCUCACCAAUAGGCUAACAACCGUUCUCUCGGCCUCUUAUGCGGACUCCGACAUUCGGGAUUCCCUCGAGACAUUGAGCUUACGAGGGAUCCACAACUCCGAAAAGACACGCAGACAGCUACGACUUGAUGUGGAGAAGGAGGUGGUGGGUUGUAAUGCGGAGAUCGUCAAGGAUUUUGGCAAAGUCGCCGAGCAAUUGAGACGAAUUGGCACAGUAAUUUCAACCCUGAAUCAAACAUGCGACGACAUGCGCAAACGAAUCAACCUGGCAAAGCAGGACACUACGCCUGUGCUGGAGGAGGCCACCGCGCUGAUGGCGCAAAAGAAAGAGACGGAAACAAAACAGCAACUUCUAGAGGCAUUUUCGAAACAUUUCCUGAUACCAGAGGAGGAUCUCUUGAUUUUGACAUCAGCUGAGGAGUCAGUCGACGAGCGAUUCUUUGACGUCUUGGCUCGUGUCAAACAAGUACACCACGAUUGUGAGGUCUUGCUUGGAGGCGAGAACCAGCGAUUGGGUCUUGAAAUCAUGGAAAUGAGCGCCCGCAACCUCAAUUCUGCAUACCAGAAGCUCUAUAAAUGGAUCCAGAAAGAGUUCAGGUCCCUGAAUCUGGAAGAUCCUCGAAUCAGCAGUUCGAUACGCCGUGCUUUGCGGGUGUUGGCAGAACGCCCGAGUCUCUUCCAUAGCUGCUUGGACUUCUUCGCAGAGGCGCGGGACUACGUUUUGUCUGAUGCAUUCCACUAUGCAUUGACUGAUGCUAUUUCCGGAGCCGGUGGCCCUGGCGCUGGAGGUGAAAGCACCGUUAAGCCGAUUGAGUUCUCGGCGCAUGACCCACUCCGAUACAUUGGUGACAUGCUUGCGUGGGUACAUUCUACAACCGUUUCUGAGCGCGAGGCGCUUGAGUCUCUAUUUGUUGAUGAUGGAGAUGAACUCGCCCGAGGGUUCCAAGCUGGCAUGAACAGCGAACCUUGGUCUCGGAUCGACGAGGACCAGGAGGUUACCUUCGACGGCCAGAAGGCUCUGAGUGAUUUGGUCAACCGUGAUCUUACCGGGGUAUCUCGUGCGCUGAGGCAGAGAAUUGAACUCGUCAUUCAGAGCCACGAGGAUCCUAUCACUUGUUACAAAGUUGUCAACCUACUAUCUUUCUAUCGCACAACGUUCUCCAAAUUGGUGGGCACGAAGUCCAAUCUGGUUGAGCUGUGUCAAAACCUGGAAAAGUUCACCUUCGACCACUUUGAAACUUUGAUGCGCGAUCAGAUUAGCGCUUUGGCAGGAGACAGCAUUGCUUUGUCUCCUCCAGACGACUUAUCACCCCCACAAUUCCUGCUGGAUGCACUGGAAAAUCUGGCACUGCUCAUGAAGAGCCACGAGGCCUCUGUCGGGCUAGAAGAGUCACCCACGGACUCGAAUCAAGAGAAUGCGUUCACUUCCGUGCUUCGGGUCGCUUUCGAUCCAUUCCUGACACUGGCUCGGGCCUCAUCAGAUGAACUCAAGACAACCACAGCCCAAUGUAUAUACCGCACCAACAUUCUCUUCGCAGCCCGUGAAGCUGUCUCACCUUUCCCCUUUGCUCGCUCUACACAUGUUCCUCCCCUGUCUGCAGCCUUGUCAACACUUCGCAUCGAUCUCCUCAACACCCAACAUGACUUCCUGCUCGAAACUUCAGGCCUCCAAGUCCUUCUAGAUGCCUUAGAGCCAUUCUCCAAGACCGAAAAGGACUCUGGCACUGCCGAAAAGAAGGCCGAGAAGGCAGAACACCAAAAACCCCAUCUUGCCGACUUGACCACACUCCCCGCCUUCCAGCCAGAGUCUUUGAUCACAUCGAGCCAGCAACUUGAUGACUUCCUUCCAUCUGCACUCAUGGACGCAACCGAUAAUCUCAAGCGAGUGCAGAGUGUCUCACUUGUACAAAGCGUCACGGAAGAUGCUGUCGAGGCAUUCUGUCGGGAUUUCGAGUUCGUUGAAGGUAUGAUCAUUGCCGCAGACGAAGCCAGAGGAACCGCCAACGUUACUACUGGAAGUAGCGACAGUGUCAGUGGCCAGAGUGGACGAUCUGACGGCAAUGCCACAGCGAAUAAGAAAGAUAGCGAAGACGCUGAAGAGGAUGAUGAACAGUGGAGCCUGAGAUCCUUGUUCCCUCGCACAACUGGAGAGAUCCGUGUAUUGUUAAGCUAA